GUAUAUAAUAAAAUAUUUUAUAUAUUUAUCUUUAUUUUAAUAAAUAUUUCUUGAACAAAAUAUCUAGUAUCAAUAAGAAACUAACUAAAUAUAAAACUUUAAUCCAUUCAACAUCAUGGAAAUUUUUCAUAUAACAGUAUUAAUAUCAAUAAUCUUAUUGUACAAACCAGUGCAUACUUUUGAUGAAAUUAAAAACAAAACACAAGCAGUGAAAUAUUUGGCUGCAUUUGGAUACCUUGAAUCAGAAAUGCAGUACAACCCAUUGAUACUUCAUAAAUUAACAAAUAAAAUGUUUACAGAAGCACUUAUAGACUUUCAAACAUAUUUUAGCAUACCUACUACAGGCAUUUUGGAUAACGACACUUUGAAGGCCUUCAAUUAUCAAAGAUGUGGAUGUAUUGACAAGUUCUAUAGAGUCAAAAAAAAUAAAUCUAAAAGAUUUGUUCGAAUACCUGAUGCCUGGAGGAUAAAUGAUUUAACAUAUAAAAUAUCAAGUUAUCCUACUAGAGAACUCAAUAAGACACAAACCGAUAUUGAAAUCAAACGAGCUUUUGAUCAAUGGUCAGGAGUAACACCACUGACAUUUACUCAAGUUCAAAAUGGACCAGUUCAUAUUAACAUAGCUUUUAGAGCUCAUGAACACGGUGACAUUACUCCGUUUGACGGGAAAUUAGGUGUUUAUGCUCAUACUCUGUUACCCAGUCGAGAUAAUGUUCACUUUGAUGACUCGGAAAUAUGGACAGCUGGUACUAAUAAAGGAACUAAUUUAUAUGAAGUAGCAGCACAUGAAUUUGGUCAUAUGCUGGGAUUAGAUCAUUCAAAAAAUAAAUAUUCUGCUAUGAGACCAGUUUAUCCAGGUUAUAUACCAGAUAUUACAAUUAAAAAUGAUGACAUUGAAGGCAUUCAAGAAUUGUAUGGCGAAAAAAAGCUAAUAGAAACAAGAGAAAAAAAACAAUUUAAAAGGCAAGUUUACAAUCAAAACAAUGACAACAAAUUUAAUAAUAUACUGUGUGAAAACUCAAAAAUUGAUACUAUAUUUAAAACAAAUUUAGGAGAAACCUAUGUUUUUAAAAAUGAUUAUUUUUGGAAAUGGACACGUCUGGGAUUAGAAAAUCCACAACCAAAAUUAAUUAUCGAUGAAUGGAUAGGACUACCAAAUAAUAUUGAUGCUGCAUUUACAUAUAAAAACGGCCAGACUUACUUUUUCAAAGGUUCUAAGUAUUGGAGAUUUACUGAUACUUCUUUAGAUAAAGGAUUUCCCAAGGAAAUUACAUUUGGUUUCGCCGGUAUACCAAAUAAUAUUGACAGCUCAAUGAAUUUAAAUGACAAGAUUUAUUUUUUUAAAGGCGAAAAAUACUGGGUAUAUGAUCCAAUUAUCAAGCCUCCAGUAUCCAAUGAGUAUCCUAGACCUUUGAGAGAUUGGAAAAAUGUACCAGCGAGUAUAGAUGUUGCUUUUUAUGCAAAUGAUAAUACUAUAACAUUUGUUAAAGAUGAUUUAUAUUAUCUAUUUAAUGCGACAAUAUUUUCAGCGCCUGUUAACAACAUUCCAACGUAUUCAAAAAGCAUUAGAAAUUACUGGUUCAAUUGUCAAUUAUAAAUUUUUCCAGUUAAAAAAUAAGACAUGUAAACAUUGUUCAUAUGGGGUUUAAAAGUUAUUAAAUACAACAUUCAAAAAAUGGCAUUUUGUAAAAAUCUGUUUUUAAUUAAAAGUAAUAAAUUCAAGUAUUUAAACCUGUA